UCUGGUUCUUCAGGCGAUCAUGACCUAAGUAUAAGAUGCCGUUGGAGUGUCUUCGUCUUGGAAAAGAUCUUCACGCCACACCUCUGUGCCUAUAACGAAGAUAUUCAAGACCUGGCAUUUCCGACAAGCGCUCAAGUGCCACCCAUUUUACCACCUGCUCAGCAUGAAGACUAUCCACCAGAUCUAUAUAAUGCCUACAACUGCAAGGAAGACUGUGGAAUUACGGCAUAUUACAUCAAAAUGAUCUCCUUGUCUGGACAGGUAACAUCAUGGUUGCGGCUAAUUCGACUCGGAAAGCACGAGAUUCCAUGGUCACCCGAAUCCAGAUAUGCUAGGCUAGUUGCGAAGGCCUAUGAAUGUGAUGCCCAGCUUCCUGCGUGCCACCUGCUCAGGAAUGUCGCCUUUUCCAAACGUAGCCCGGACGACAUCUCUCGACAUAGGGAGUAUUGGAUUCCUUGGAUCCUCAUGCAAGUUGUAUGCCAUGCGAGCCUGUCACUCCUAAACCACCCCUUCAUUCACCUAGUUGCGGUUCGCAACGGCUCAAAGGGUUCCCAAUCUGGACUCUUCCUCCAAAACACAAUGGACUCGGCUAUUUUUAACUCACGCUGGGUUUUUCGCUUCCUCCGGCUCUGUGAUGAUCUUCAACUUGAAUUGUACGAUCCUCUCAUAGCCCAUCUCGUCGCGGCUGUGGCGACUAUUCCAUGGCUACUACAAUUUGUAGAGGACGAGAAGCUUUCACAGGAAGUUUCAAGGGAUCUUUCCUGGUGCAAGGAAUAUCUUCGUCGCUCAACUACAGUAUGGCCACACAUAUCACAAAAGCUGGAUAGCCUUCAGCGCCUAGAUCUCAUUACAGACCACUACCAUAAAUCACCGUCUGAGAAGCUUGGAGGUGUCACGUUUCCACCUUCUUUACUCUGGGAGUUGCUCAGUCCUGAAAUAUGCCUUAUGAAACAGUCCCAAAACUCUCAAGGUGGCCAACAAAUAAGCAACUCAAGAGGAAUGCCAGAUGCGAGGAUCCGGAUCACUACACAUCUAACACAUCCAUUAACGGAAUCACAACCGGAUGAGCCAAUUUUGAACGCAAAUAUUCGCACAGAUUCUUGGGGUUUCUUUGACCCAUAUGCCAUUGAGGAGAUGAAUGUAGAUGAUCUUCUUGCUUCUUUUGCUUCUGGUAUGUCUGGAAUGGAGUUU